UUCACAUUUAUUUUUAACCCAGAAAAAUGAACGUUUUAGCCAACCUCCUAAUUUCAACGUAUUUCAAUCAAUUUCAUUGCAUUUUGAUAUUUAGCAACAACCAUUUCGAGUAUAACUCGAAAAUUCCGAUUGUAUCAGUUGGUUGUGAUGAAAAAAUCGACGAAAACGUCGUUUUUAAAUACCAUGGGUGUCAGGGGAUCGUGAUUUCGUGCGAAAAUGAUUUGUGGAUUUUCGAAAAUUUCGAAUUUUUAUUAAAAUCGAAUUUGGAAAGAUUCAAUUUCAGGCGAUAUUUAAUUUUUGGUGGAAAUUUUGAGAUAUUUUCGUCGAAAAGUAUCGAUUACGUUGCAGAUGUUGUGAUGGUUUCGAAAGAAUUUGAUUUUGACAAUAAAUUCGGGUUGGGAUAUGAUUCCAUUUUUGGAAUGUACACUCAUAGAUACGUUGGAGAGAAAUCACAGAGAGAAAUUGUGCUGCUUGAUAAGUGGUUUUUAAAGAAUCAAAGUUUUUCGUUCAAUUUUAAUCUUUAUUUGGAUAAAUUACAAGAUCAAAACGGGAGGGAGCUCAAAAUUGCAACUUUUAAUUAUGAACCUUACUCAAUUCCUGGUAAUAAAGAUGGAACUGAAAUGUUAGUGGUGCUAGAAUUCGCGAAAAGAUACAAAAUGACCCCGACUUUUCUUGUUGACGAUGUAGGGAUGUGGGGCGAAAUUUACGAUAAUUGGACCGGAAUUGGAAUUUUAGGAAAUUUAGCGAUGGAUAAAGGAGACGUUGGAAUUGGCGCUUUAUACACUUGGGAACACGAUUUUCACUUUUUGGACUUCACCAAACCAACGAUUCGAACUGGGGUUACUUGCAUAGCUCCCAAACCCAAGAUAAUCGGGGGUUGGAUUACCCCAUUCCUCGCAUUUUCAUGGAAAUUAUGGAUCGUGUUAAUUAUCGCCAUCAUCAUCAUCUUUUCAUCAAUCUUUUAUGUUUUGACGUUUAAUACGUCAAAAUCGUUUUUACAAGAGAAUUUAAUGAAAUCGUUUAUAUUAACUCAAUCGAUUUUUUUGUUACAAAGUAUACCGAAAUUUCCCUCUAAUUCGAGAAUCAUUUUCGCUUUGUCUUUAUUGUUGAGUUUAAUGACAGCUACUUUGUAUAACUCGGGUUUAGCCAGCAUUAUGACGGUGCCGAGGUACAAAGGAACAAUUGAUGAUGUUUAUGAUUUGAUUAAAAGUGAUGUUAAAUGGGGUGCAUCUUCUUAUGCUUGGAUUUCUUCGUUGUAUGAUGAUAAUAGUGAUGUUUAUAAAGAAGUCGUCAACAAUUUUUAUAAAGGAUCACCGGAUGAUUUAAGGAAAAGAAACAACGAAUCGUUCGCCUUUGCAAUCGAACGUUUACAUGGAGGUCAUUACGCAAUUGGUGAAUACAUAACAAAGGAGGGAAUUCAAGAACGUCGAUUAAUGUCCCAGGAUAUUUAUUGGGAUUAUUGCAUCGUUAUGUUGAGGAAAAGUUCCAUUUUAACCCCGAAGUUUGAUAAUUUAAUCUUGGAAAUAUCCCAAACUGGUUUACCUAGCUUUUGGGAAUAUCAAGUUAGUGUAAGAAACAGUGACAUGAAACUACAAGAAGCAGUUCAUAAUUCCGGACAUCAACCACAUUCAUCAAGUUUAAUUAAAUUAUCUUUUACGCAUUUAGAGGGGGCUUUUGCGUUAUGGAUUUUGGGGAUUAUUAUUUCUUGUAUUGCGUUUUUAUGGGAGUUGCGACCAAAAUAAUUAAUAACAAUAACUGCAUUAUUAAUUAAACGUCAAGUGCUACAA